GCUGUUACAAUACCUGUAUUUUUAAUUAGUUAAAAUUUAAUUCCAUAUAGCUGACGUAAGCUUGUUCUUCUUCUCCUUCUCUUUCCUUUUCCGUUGUUUCAUGCUCUCUCUGAUUCGUGUUUAGGCUUUUUACACAUCCUCUAGAUUUCACUAUCGUCGGAGUUCUGAAUAUCUCCGGCGAGAUGGCUUCUAAUAUACCGAUGAGCCCUCAAUUGGAGCAGAUCCAUGGCGAAAUCCGUGACCACUUCCGAGCCCUCGCGAAUGGUUUCCAGAGGUUGGAUAAGAUGAAGGAUUCUACUCGACAAAGCAAGCAACUCGAGGAACUCACUGACAAGAUGCGAGACUGUAAAAGGUUGGUCAAGGAUUUUGACCGUGAACUCAAGGAUGAGGAAGCUAAUAAUCCUCCUGAAGUAAAUAAGCAAUUGAAUGAUGAGAAACAGUCUAUGAUUAAGGAACUCAAUUCUUAUGUUGCGCUAAGAAAAACGUAUAUGAGUACUCUUGGCAACAAGAAGAUUGAACUUUUUGAUAUGGGAGCUGGACCCAGCGCCGAACCUACACCUGACGAUAAUGUUCAAGUUGCUUCAGCUAUGUCAAACCAGGAGCUUGUUGAUGCUGGAAUGAAAAGAAUGGAUGAGACUGAUCAGGCCAUUCAGCGCUCAAAACAGGUUGUAGAACAAACACUUGAAGUUGGAACUCAAACUGCAGCUAAUUUAAAGGGACAGACGGAUCAAAUGGGACGUGUUGUGAACCACUUAGACACGAUUCAGUUCUCUAUCAAGAAAGCAUCACAGCUUGUGAAAGAGAUAGGGAGACAGGUGGCUACGGAUAAAUGCAUAAUGAUGUUCCUGUUUCUCAUUGUAUGCGGUGUGAUAGCCAUUAUCGUAGUGAAGAUCGUCAACCCGAAUAACAAGGACAUUAGGGACAUCCCAGGGUUAGCUCCUCCAGCGCAAUCGAGGAAGCUACUAUACUUGAGGAAUCCGGAGUACAUGGGAAGAUAGAAUCUCUGCCUGUAUAUGUUAUUCACGUGUAAUAAGGAAAUUGCGUCUUGAGGUUCGAUAAUAUAUCUUCUUUGCCUUUUCAUUUGUUCACAAUCCAUUUCAUGGAUGAGAGAGAGAGAGGGGGGGUUGUGUGCUUUGGUAGUUGACGAGGCUUGGGGUUGUUUAUGUUCAUGUUCAUGUUCUUUUGUUUCUUUUCACCCCAGUCAUUUGAAUCUGGGUUUUGAUUGGAGAGGGUUUGUAUAUUUCAUCAUUUGUUUUCUUUGUAGUAACCUAUCACUUCUUUUGUAUAAAAUUCAGUACCAUGUUAUAUACUCU